AGUCAUGCUCCCAGUUACGGGCCUUCCUGCGUGCAUGGGGGGUGCUGGUGGUGCACGGGAUGCAGCGGGCGGUGGUACAGGACCUGGUGGAGGGGUGCAGGGGCAGCUUUGAGCUCUAUGGAGCAGACUUCAUGCUGGGUCGGGACCUAAGGCACUGGCUACUGGAGAUCAAUGCCAGCCCCACCAUGACUCCCUCCAUGGCCAUCACUGCCCACCUCUGCCCUGCUGUGCAGCUGUAUAACCUCAGGGUGGUGCUGGACCGAUGGGUGGACCCUGGUGCCUAUACAGGGGGCUUUCAGCUCAUCUACAAGCAGGUUGCAGUUGAAGUCCCUCAGUACUUGGGGGUAAACCUGCUGUUGGAGGGAGCCCCUGUAAGACGACUCCGACCGCCCACUCACAGAAUCCCUGUCAUCCCAGAAACCCCUCUCACCACACACACUCACACCAACCAUUCAGGCCCAGAGGCAGAGGACAAACCCUCCAAACCCUUCAUUCAUAGACCAUCCCCAUGCAAAGAUAACCAAUAGAGAUGGGUUCCCCAAUAGAGAUGAGGGUGGAGCUCUGGGGAGCCAGCACACCUCCCCUGCUAUGAGAUUAUCCCGAAGGAUGGCACCAGAGCUCGCCCUGGCAAAUGCUUGCCUGGGGCUGAGUCUGAGCAGCGGUGAGCCUCUCUGCCGGCACAUUAGGGGGGACAUCCACCCCUCUCACCCGAAAUCCCAUCCCGCCACAGGACCCCGUAUCGCCUGGCCCUUCCUCCCAGAGUCCACACUGGGACCCCAACGUAGGGAUCUACACCGUGGCUUGCCCACCCUCUAUGGCCCAAUCCCAGCCCUGGAGAUCCCUA